ACUCGCGCUUUCUUUUUAAUCCCCUGCAUUGGAUCACCGGCGUGCCCCACCGUGUUAGACACAGCCAGAGACACCAGCUCCGAAAUCACCACCAAGGACUUGAAGGAAAAGAAGGAAGUUGUGAAAGAGGUGGAAAAUGGAAGAGAGGCCCCUGCUAACGGGAAUGCAAAUGAGGAAAAUGAGGAGCAGGAGGCUGACAACGAGGUAGAGGAAGAAGGUGAGGAGGAAGACGAGGAGGAAGAAGAAGGUGAUGGUGAGGAGGAGGAUGGAGAUGGAGAUGAGGAAGCUGAGUCUGCUACGGGCAAGCUGGCGGCUGAAGAUGAUGAGGAUGAUGAUGUCAAUAUCAACAAGCAGAAGUCCGACAAGGAUGAUUAG